ACCAUUCAAAACGAAACCAUUGAUUGGAUUUUGCUGAUAGCGCAAAAGAUCUGAGAAAGAGAGAAAAAUAAAACACCCAAAAGUUCAUUAAGUAUUUAUAAACAGUUUAAAAUGAAGUCGACCGUCGUGAUCCUCCUCACGUACCUUCUCCUCGCUGCUCCUUGCUUCGCUUUAGGAUCAGAAAAAAUGGAUUCGGAUGUAUACGAGAUCGAUUACAGGGGACCGGAGACUCAUAACUCUAGACCUCCGCCAGAGACUUUGCACGGCAAGCGACCUUUCAUCCACCAUAAAACCUCUGCAGCUGGAUCCGUCGGCGCUCAUGCUGGAGGACAGAACUAGAAAGAGAUUUUUUUCAAGGAAGAGGAGAGAGACUAAUUGAAGCUGUAAGUGAAGGAGGAAGUAUAUGAGUUUGUGAUAAGAUUAAUGAUGCAAGUACAUAAUUAUUUAUACAUUAAUACAUGUUUAAUCAUAUGAUCAUCGAUGUUAUCAUGUCCGGUAUUUUCUUCAUGUACCGUUCUAUCUUUUUAUUUUUAUUAUUUUUGGGUCUGAAUCUCUUGGAAGGAAACUAAAAUUAAUUCCGGGUAAUGUGUCGCCAUAUGAAUAUCAAUGUCAUUCUCAGAUCUUUGAAUCAUUGUCUAUUCGGUUGGGGCUUAUCAUGGGCAAAAAAUAUGGAUAAAUACGAGAAAACGAUUUGUAAUAUAUACAAGUGUUUUAGUCUAUAUAAUUAUUAAAUGUCUUAGAUACUAGAUUACAAAUAAUAAUCUUACUAUAGACCACAUCAAAAUAGAUGUACUACAAUACAUUGUAUAUAUGUAUGUAUCUUGAUCAAAUGGCAUUAUAGCAUAUGAUAGAUCCCCCAAGCAUUCAUUCAUUGGUGCAGGAAGUACAGAAAACACUUUUCAUUGACGACGUUUUUUGUUGCUCUCUAUGAUUUUGU